AUGAUGAUGAUGGCCAAGAAGAGGAAGGGACCGGCUGCAGACGCGUUGGCCCAGUUGGAAGCCCUAGAGGCAGAACUUGAACCUGUUUCUGUGGAUAUGGAAGAGAGUCCACCGCCUUCGCCAAAGCGGAAGAAGAACAAGAAGAAGAAAAAGGGCCCCAAGGGUGCCGCGGCCGACGCAUUGGCCCAAUUGGAGGAACUAGAGGCUGAAGGAGAGCUUGGGCAGAUGGACGUCCCGGCGGCUGAGGCUGCUGCUAGUGCUCCUCCGGCCGAACACGAGGUUGACAGGAAGGAAGUACGAGAGGCAGAGGUAGAGGUCAACUUAAUGCAGCCUCCACCGCGAACCAAGAAGGGAAAGAAGAAGAGUGGGGCGGGGGGGAUUGAGGAACGGUUGGACGACUUCAAGGUUGAGGGAGACGAGAAAAUGGUGGACCACGGGCCCUCCCAGGAGAAGAUGGCCGCCCCGAAAGAGAUUGAGGUUGAAAAAGAGACACUUGAGUCCAAAAUUCGGAAGGCGAGGCCGCCCCCGCGAGUUCGAAUAUCGAGCAGCUCGCAGCCCGGGUUUGUCUCGCUCCGCCUGGAAGGUGUCGCUGUUACUUUCAGGAAUCAGGAGGUCGUCAAGGACGCCACGUGGGAUGUCAAAACGGGAGACCGGAUAGGCUUGGUCGGACCCAACGGCGGCGGCAAGACCACACAGGUGAAAAUCUUGGCGGGUGACCUCGAGCCGACUGCAGGGGAAGUCAUCAAGUCAUCCAAGGAUCUGCGUGUUGCGUUUCUCCGACAAGAGUUUGUGGACGAGCUUGUGAUGGAGCGUUCGCUCAAAGACGAACUAAUCUCGGUCUUCACGGAAGAGGCGGACAUUCUUGCGGCGCUCCAAAGAUGCGAGGAUGAACUGCAAGAGGAGGCUGUCCAGCAGGACCCGGCUAAGAUGGAGGAAGUCCUGAACCGCCUUUCGAAUCUGCAAGAAGACGCUGAACGUAACCGUGUGUACGAUCUCAGCACCAAGGUGCAGCGGGUCAUGGAUCUAAUGGGAUUCCAAAUCAGCGAGGGAGAACAGCCCGUGUCAAGCUUUAGCGGGGGCUGGCGCAUGCGUAUCGGGCUCGGCAAGAUCCUGCUGAAAGACCCCAAUAUUCUCCUGUUGGACGAGCCGACAAACCACUUGGAUAUGGAGAGCGUGGAGUGGCUGGAGAGCUUCCUUCAAAACCAAAACCUCCCCAUGGUUAUUGUCAGCCACGACAGAGAGUUCCUCGACCGCGUAUGCACGGGAAUCGUCGACACAGAUGGUGGUGUGGCCGUGACCUACCCCGGUAACUACAGCAACUUCAUUAAGCUGAAGCGAGCAAGGCUCGAGUCUUGGCAAGCGUCGUACAAAAACCAACAAAAAAAAAUCAAGGAGGAGCGCAACUGGAUCAACAAGUUUAAAUCAAAGGGGGCAUGGGCUGCGCAGGUGAAGUCGCGCCAAAAAGCGUUGGACAAGCUGAUCGCCAGUGAUGACUUCGUGAAACAACCUCCCAAUAUGGGUAAGCCUUUCCGCUUCCGCUUCCCACCUGCACCACGCAUGAGUGCAAGCGAGGAAGUUGUCUCUGCAAACGGAGUCAGCCACGGCUACAACGGUAGACGGCUUUUCAGCGACGUCAACUUAGUGGUGGAAAAAGGCCAGCGGAUCGCAUUUCUCGGGCCUAAUGGGGCGGGUAAGUCAACCUUACUGAGGCUCGUUGUCGGGCAAGAAGAACCGGAAGAGGGUUCCUGUCACCUUGGUUCCGGUGUGGUGAAGCAGUACUUCGAGCAAAAUCAAGCAGAUGUACUCGACCUUUCCUUGACGGUCAUCGAGACCUUGAUGAAAGCCUCCACAGGAGAAAAAUAUGAAGAUCUGCGGAAGUUGCUGGGGCAGUUCCUAUUUAAAGGCGAUGCCGUGGACAAAUCUGUCGAACAACUCAGCGGGGGCGAGAAGGCGCGGGUGUCUCUAUGCAAAAUGAUGCUCACGCCAGCCAAUCUCCUGGUUUUGGACGAGCCGACCAACCAUCUCGACAUCCCUGCCAAGGAGAUGCUGGAAGAAGCACUCCAACACUACGAAGGAUCAGUACUGGUGGUAUCCCACGAUCGGUACUUCGUGAGCCAGGUGGCGACAACGAUUUGCAACUUGGAGGAAGAAAACCUUGUUCGAUAUGACGGGGACUACCGGUAUUUCCUGGAGCGCAAUGACAACAUCUUGGAGAAGGUGGAAUCGAGAUAUGUCGCGGGGUUGUCCGGCAUCCAGAAGGCCAAACGAGUGGAUUUGGAAGAGAUGGGAAGAUCCAAGAAAUCCUUCGGCGGGAAAGGGGGACCAAGUGGACGAAAGGACAAAGGCGUCAAGAACGCCAAGCGAAAUACAGAGAAAGUGUUUUGAGUGUUUUGAUUUAUGCCGGGAUAUUUUGGAGCCCACCUGCAGUAUCAAGCCACGGGCACACCUUUGCUUGCUAGGAUUAGGUCUAGUGAGUGUAGACAGUCGGUUUCGCUGUAAGCACGUCAACUGAGAUACAAGGCAGGACGAGCAAGACCAAAGAAGACGGCCGACUUUCGUGUCCCAGAACAACGUUCAAACACGGGACUAUCGCACCCUCUUUGUCUUGUCCUGCAGUAGGCAAGCAAUGCUGGUGACCUAGGGGGUCACGUGAGACUUGGGGAUGAUAUUCCGUGCUCGUGAGCAACAAAUGGAUUUCAGGAUACAGCCUGUGGCGUCGGAGACCGACCAGGUUGUGCAAUAUACACAGGAACACGCUUUCGUGCACACUUCAACUUCCAACAAAUAGAGGGAAAGGAAAGCUUACUUAACUGAUGCUGAAGGCGGUCGGCAGAUCAUCCUUACAAAAAAUCAGUCCAAGACUGACAUCCAAUCUGCCACAACACCACCGCAAUGUCAACAAUCGCAAACAACAGCAACCAGGCAACGUAUUCCAUCAAGUAGAGAUCGGCGUCCGUCCUUGCCAUCCAAAAGCUCUACACUUACUUUGCAACGCUCUAGACGGGUGAUAGUUCGGGUCGCUUCGUACGCGGUUUAUAGCCCAUUGCAAAGUUCUUGUAUGGAUACAGAGAGCUGUGCCCGUCAUCCCACUUGACGCUGACCGCGUAGUUUCCUAUCGGGGCGAACUCAGUCGGUACAAUGUUCUCAGGCACGCUCGCAGGGUCCAGCAGGGGCUUUCCCGAGAACUCCUCGACGCAGAGAGCGCACCGGCAUUGUCGCCGGAGGUCGGCCGCGGCCAUCACCUGCUUGCCGCCACUCGUCUCUAUCGUGACAGUGCCUUCGGCCGGUUGGAACGACAGCAUCGGCCGGUCGUUGUCGCUGAACUUCAGCUUUGCCACCUCUCGUACAACAGCUUCCGCCAACUGUGAGUAGGAUUCCGAGUGGUCGCUGUCGGGCUUGGACACAACGAACGGAAUACCUGAGUCCCCACUGGACGCCACAUCCGCCACCAAGGGCAUGCGAAUUGUGUUCGUUAUGCCCCACAUGUCCGCCAAGCGCAUUUGGUGUCCCUUCCCGAAAAUGUACUCCCGCUGCUUUGUGCUGGCUCGCUUUUUCAUCACUUCGGCGAUCACCGCAGCUCGCAAAGCCGUCUCGUCUUGAGGCGGUGAAGCAAGACCUUCGCGAGCUGCAGCGGCAGACAACUCAUCGCCAUCCAGUGUGAGCAGGUCCUCAAUGUUACUCUCUAAGCCAGUUUUGAACACCGUUUGAUCGACCGCGUCAUAGUAGGCCAUGUUCUCCACCACAGCCACGCUUGGAACAUUUACAGUGUCGAAAAGAUCAAUUCCCUUCACCACGUCGGUGAAGCUGAGCUUUUGUGGAGUUGUGACGAUGACUGCUGCUGUAAUGUUCAAGACCUGGCACAAGGUCAGCUGAAUAUCUCCAGUGCCCGGAGGCAUGUCGA